UGGGAUUGACGAAGUGGAAUAGGGAAGUAGAGGCGAUAGCGUACGGGAGAAAGCAGGGUGAAGGUUGUAGGGGAAGUAAGUAAUUAUGGAGAGCACACCAGGACCAGUCGGGUCAGGGAGGUCGCCACCUACGGGACCCCAAGAAGAGAGAGACUAUUGGGAAGAUGAAGACAGAAUCGGAAGCCUAUUAACGAUGUGCUACGACGAUGGCGUUUACCCUACGGAGAUUGAUCCAGGGGAGAUGGUGGUGGAAGGGAGAGAGGUGCGUUUUAAAUUAAACUCUUCGCUUGAUGAAAUCAAAGUGAACUGGUUAAAGGAACGCACAGUUACAGUCAUUUUCAAAGAGGCUGCAAGAUUCCUAGCAAAGAACAUCAAGGACGAUCUUGUUCGAGCGUUCGAAGACGGAUGGAUAAUAGGGAACGAGAGAUUGCAGGAGAAUACUCGGAGAGGAAGACUCAAGAUCGAGGACCCAGGGGUGGCCUCCUAUGUAGCAAAAGCUAAAGAAGUGGCGGACUACAUGAAGAUCGAAGGACAGGCGGAAAUAACGCUGGGAAUGGAGACGUACAAGGUCCUUUUCAAGCCGUGGAUGACCAGGGCAGAGUUUAGAGACCUAAGGCGACAGGAGGAAGAUAGAAUCUUGAAGUUCUGGGUAAUGGCACUUCACGUACCACUGGACGAUAUGCCCUUUAUUUAUGCCCAGAUUGAGAGGGCAAUAGGCAAGAUAGUCAUGGCACACCCAACGGACGUAGAUCCUACCAGACCGGGGCUGGUUAAUGCGAGGUUUGAUCUGGAGCCGGAGGCGCGACCGAAUAUGAAGGACGUGUUGUGGGUGGAAACGGCGAAAGGGGAUGUUCUCGAAAUCAAGUUGGCAUGUGCGGACACGCUGAAGUGCAGGAUCUGCCGGCAAUUCUUCCAUACGGAACAGGAUUGUCGACGAGGAGGCGGAGCUCGCUCGGGGCGAGGCAUAGCAGGGCAAUCAGGACAGUAUCAUGCGCCGCCACAAGGACCAGCGGCUUCGGCAGUUGGGGGGAGUCAGGCUCCUAUCUAUCAAGGAGUAAGCCAUCAACACGGAGGAGGUGUGCAGACGAGACUCUUUGGGGGAACUCAACCUCAAAACACAUCGGCAGGGCAAGUUGGGGGAGUUCGAGGAGUUGGAGGAGGAAUGGGCCAAAUCGGAACAAUACCAGCAUACGGAAGUGUACAAGCGGCAUGGCAGGGAGGGAUCACAGCGGAUUCGUUGUUCUCCAAUGGGAUACAUCCGGCCCUAUGGCCAGGGCUACUAAGUAGCCAAGGGCUAGCUCCACCGGCAGGGCAAACAGGGCAGAUGGGGCAGUGGAAUGCCACAUUGGGCCCAAGUACAUCAGCAAUCCGAGUCAACCAGCCUCCACCAAAAGGUACGCAAGGAGUAGCCUGUCUGCAACAGUCGUUCGGAGGCAGACUUGGAGGAGGACCAGGGGGGGGCAGACAGGGAGAUGGGACAGCAGCAAGCUCCCAAGGAAGAUCGAGGGCUCAUACCCCUGGGAAGCAAAGACGUCUCAGCACGGCUUCACAGAUAGAGGUCACACCAGAGCCAUCGGGCACAUCGAGACUGUCGAGGAGUGGAUCGGAGAAGUCUGUCGACCAGGAGGUGGGAUUGGUAACCCCGGGUCAGAAGACAACAAGAGACCGGAGGCUAAUCUCAACCAAAGGACAAAACACGGACAUGCCGCAAUACGUUGUCCCACUGGUGUGUACAACUCUCUGUAACACGGAGUGGGUGAUUACAUGGCAACGAGGAGCAGAACCAUGGGCUAUUUUCGGCCACAUGGUACAAGACAUGCCAACAACAGAGGAUAUUCCAAAUUGCUUGUCGACACUGUACCUGGACGCCUUCCCUACCAGAUUAAUUCCACAAGUGGUUAUGCCGAGAAUUCUGUUUGGACCGGCUGGCAACAAGACAAAGCUCUACGUGCCGCUGAUCAACGCAAGGCUAAGGGAAGCCAAACUUACGGAACUGGAGAGGCUGGGGCUACGAUUAGUGCCACUGUCAAUAUUCGCAGAAGCUAAGAGGCAAGAACUAUCCAAAUUGACGGUCACCCCACUGAUGAUCACAGCGUAGGCACUAGCGGAGGUCAAAACUAGACUCAGUAGACUGCCAAAGGACAAAAAGUUGGACUCCAACUUUAUGAAGAUGGCGCUAUCCGCCACCUGGCACCAGACCAAGC